CAUCGGGCCGGACUCCGGGCAGAAGGCACCGGGCCCCCAGGCGGAGCGGCGGGGCGCCGGACCCCCAGGCGGAGCGACAGGUCUCAGGCCCUCAGGCGGAGCGGCGGGCGCCGGACCCCAGAUGGAGCGACAGGUCUCAGACCCUCAGGCAGAGCGGCGGGCGCCGGACCCCAGGUGGAGCGACAGGUCUCGGGCCCUCAGGCGGAGCGGCGGGCGCCGGACCCCCAGGCGGAGCGACAGGUCUCAGGCCCCCAGGCGGGGCGGCGGGCGCCGGACCCCCAGGCGGAGCGACAGGUCUCGGGCCCCCAGGCGAAGCGGGGGGCACCGAGUCACAGGCACGACAGUGGGCUCCGAGUCAACUGGCAUGACCGCUGGCACUGGGUCAGACAUUGGAUCGUCUGGCUGGACAGCGGGCAUCGGGUCACCAGGCAUCAGGUCAUUUGGCUCGACAGCGGCACCGCGUCAUCUGGCAAGGCAGUGGGCUCCGAGUCAACUGGCAUGACCGCGGGCACUGGGGCA